UUGUGGGAGAAUGACGUCUGCUACUGUCAGAAACAGAGUUAAGCUCAGCGGGCGCCGGGAGAAUGGAGUGGAGGGGAGCUCCUAGCCGUGGGGACGGCCGAGCAGCGCCGCGGCCUGGGCCUCCAGGGAAACAAGACUCUGCUGUUUAAACGACGCUUGGCUUUCCAUCCCUACGGCUGGGGGAACAUGCAAAGGAUUGAACCUUUGGAACAGGUACAACAAUGUUCAUCAGUGCACAAUACAAGUUGGAGUCUGUGUGAGAGGUGGAGCUGCACCGUGGAGGUCAUAGCCCUGGAUUUCCCAGAGAUGGAGGGUCAUGGCUAUGACCGGUUUGGUGAUGGGGAAAGGGACAAUUACCAGAUCGACUACCGGAGGAUCGUAGGUGACAUGGAGCCUUCGUGGCCUCGAAGCUCAAACAGAGAUGGGGAGCAGCCUCACCCCUAUGGGACACACGCUCACCCGCUUCCACAUGGACACGGCCAUGAGACUGCAGCCCAGCGGUACAGCGCCACGCGAAUCCAGGCGGGAUAUGAACCAGAGAGCAUGGCCGAUUACCUGAUCAGUGGAGGCACAGGUUAUGUUCCAGAGGACGGGUUAACGGCGCAGCAGCUGUUUGCGAUUGGCGACGGACUCACUUACAAUGACUUCUUGAUUCUCCCCGGUUUCAUAGACUUUACUUCAGAUGAGGUGGAUCUAACCUCUGCACUGACGAGGAAGAUAACCCUGAAGACGCCUCUUAUUUCAUCUCCAAUGGACACAGUCACAGAGUCAUCCAUGGCUAUCGCCAUGGCACUGAUGGGAGGGAUCGGAAUAAUUCAUCACAACUGCACGGCUGAAUUCCAGGCAAACGAGGUGCGCAAAGUAAAGAAAUUUGAGCAGGGUUUUAUCACAGACCCAGUGGUGAUGAGUCCCCGACACACAGUGGGGGACGUGUUUGAGGCCAAGAUACACCAUGGCUUUUCCGGGAUCCCAGUCACAGAAACUGGCAAGAUGGGUAGCAAGCUGGUUGGCAUAGUGACCUCCAGAGACAUCGACUUCCUGUCUGACAAGGACUAUGACAGACCCCUGGAGGAGGCGAUGACAAAAAGGGAAGAUUUAGUUGUUGCACCAGCUGGCGUCACCCUAAAGGAGGCUAAUGACAUAUUGCAGCGUAGCAAGAAAGGUAAGCUCCCCAUAGUCAAUGAAAACGAUGAGCUGGUCGCCAUUAUUGCUAGAACUGAUUUAAAGAAGAACAGAGAUUAUCCUUUGGCUUCCAAGGACUCCCGCAAGCAGCUUCUGUGUGGAGCUGCCAUCGGCACCAGGGAUGAUGACAAAUACAGACUGGACCUCCUAAUGCAGGCGGGGGUGGAUGUGGUCGUCCUGGACUCCUCCCAGGGGAACUCAGUCUACCAAAUCAACAUGAUACACUACAUCAAACAGAAAUAUCCUGAACUUCAGGUCAUUGGAGGAAAUGUGGUAACUGCUGCUCAGGCAAAAAACCUCAUAGAUGCUGGCGUGGAUGCCCUGCGGGUGGGCAUGGGAUGUGGUUCUAUCUGUAUAACCCAAGAAGUAAUGGCAUGUGGGCGGCCCCAAGGCACAGCGGUGUACAAGGUUGCAGAGUAUGCCCGCCGGUUUGGGGUCCCAGUAAUCGCUGACGGAGGGAUUCAGACGGUCGGGCAUGUGGUGAAGGCUUUGGCCCUGGGAGCAUCCACAGUGAUGAUGGGAUCGUUGCUCGCGGCAACCACGGAAGCACCAGGGGAAUAUUUCUUUUCUGACGGCGUGCGUCUGAAGAAGUACAGAGGAAUGGGCUCCUUGGACGCAAUGGAGAAAAACAACAGUCAGAAACGUUACUUCAGCGAGGGAGAUAAGGUGAAGGUGGCCCAGGGUGUCUCAGGCUCAGUCCAAGAUAAAGGCUCCAUCCAUAAGUUCGCUCCCUACCUCAUCGCUGGCAUCCAACAUGGCUGUCAAGACAUAGGAGCCAAGAGUUUGUGCAUUUUACGGUCCAUGAUGUACUCUGGAGAGCUGAAGUUUGAGAAGAGAACCAUGUCUGCUCAGAUGGAGGGAGGAGUCCACGGCCUCCACUCAUACUCUUUUGUGCCAUUCAUGAGAGGUGACUUUACUGAGGCAGGGGGAAGAGGAAACAUGCGCUCAGGACCUAACGUUCCAGCCCCGACAGCUGUGAGCAGAUGUAGUGGGCACGUGUGACCAUAAAUGCUUUACACUUGAGUUUCUGAUGAAAUUCAUGGUUCAUAAUACAAAUUAAUUACAUUACAAAUGAGUAUUUGCGUAUGUGUUGUGAUCUCUGCUAAAUUCAAUUGAGACAAUAUAUAUCACUU